CCUAGGACUUGACGAUCGAAAAAUUAUGUGUUCGUGGUUUUAGCCACGCUACUUAAAAUAUCCCACCUAACAACACCUCUGAAUCAUGUUUAGUACCACGGAGACGACUACUUCAUCGCAACCCGAUGCUUUUCGAAACCACACUUAACUAGCAAACUGUCACCAUCAGUGAUGUUUCUUUCUGAGACGACUGACUGCCUGUUGGUAUGUAUUGUCUGCAGCCACCCCGUCAACAGCAACGACGACGACGACAACUACGAUAGUGGCGCGAUGACAGCGACGAUGAUCUUUGAAUAAGUUUGAAAAACUUCGAUUCGACCUAUGCCGGCGCGUACAGGUUCCACACGGGGUAGGGGCCUAGGUAUUAACAUAUUUCGAGCCACCGCAGCAGCAGCACGUUCCACCACAUGUGGGUAAACACACAUCUUCGCGGCGAAGAGGACCGACGACCGGUUGCAUAACGGAGGCCAUGUGCGUGAGUGUGGGGAAGUUUGUUUGAUUCGAUGCGGAGCAGCGAUAUUUGGUGACAUUGAUUUGAGGCUUCAUUUGGCGUGAAAUUAAAACGGAAGAAUCGAACGAAGAAUUCUGAGUGGUGAUAAGAGUGAAGUUUUAUUUCCAGCAGAGUUGCAGAAGAAGCAAUGAAUGUGUUCAAAAUCGAGUUAAAGUGAAUAAUGCGAGCUUCGAAUGAGGAAUGAGAAUUGAUUAUAAUCAUACGAAGGUGCGGUAAGAAUGGGGAUUAUAGUGCACAAGUGAUAACGGAAGAAACCUAAGAAGAUUGUCGCGCGAAAAGUGAAAAUUAAGAAGAAAUGGCGCUAGUGAACUACACAUUGCCAUUUGGCAGUAUUCAAAGCCCCGGUUGGGCAACGGUUAGUCCAAUCCACAGUCAGCAUGCAUCGGCGGUAAAUAAUUUGCUGUAUGGGCCGGCCGGUCAUCAAGAGGCGGAUCCAAACGACCAAGACUUCUACAAGAACAGUCCUUAUUCAGCUCCCCAGCAACAGCGGAAUGCUCCUCAGCAAAGUGGCCAAUAUCGGCAGGCCCCCAGAAACAAUUACCUUCCCCCGUCCCAACCCUAUCCUCAGCAGCCACAGCAGCAAAAACAGCCGGUCUACCAGCAGCAGCCCCAAGUUCAACCUCAACAACCCUCCAGAACAUACGGCGAGGGUUCCUAUUCGCAAGUUCCUUCUCGAACUGCCACUCAACAGCAGAAUCCUAGCUACUACAACCCAAGUGGUUACAACCAGCAGCACCCCAAGCCACAGCAGCCAACGGGCUACAACGUUCCCAACCAACCUCCUAACGUGUACCGAGCCCCAGCCGGAUCUCCCCAAGUGCCACUGCCGCCACAGAAUUCCCCACAGCCAACACCGCCGCCAAAUAGGGUGCCACCGCCGCCGGUGAGUAGUGGCCGGGGCAUCAGUAGCACCUCGGUGGGCAGUUCCAUUCCGGAGCGGCCACCCGGAUUCGUCAAAGUGAACGCUGGCCAGGGCUCCCGCACCCAAGUGCAUGCCGUGCUGGACUACGACGACGAUGACGACGAGGGGGAUUACUACGACGACGGGGACGGCGGAGGAUUGCAAACUCCCGGUAAGUGCGCCAAUAAUAAUCGGGGCCACACUUGAUGGUUUGUGAGGUGUGUAGGUAUGAUGUGCGUGUGAGUGUGUGUCUAGCUACUUGAGGAAUAUUUGGCAUUUCGAGAGCACUUUAGUCUUUGUUUGUUGUUUCAAUAAUCAAUAAUGGUUGCUUGAGGUCUUUGGAAAGGAGAAGUGAAGUGCAGUUGUUGGUUGAUUGAUGGAAGCAAUUAUUGGCAAGUUGGGGGAAUUCCGUGGGAUUUUAGUGCGAUUGAUCACCUGUCGUAUGUGACUAAUAACCAACACUAGGGUCCUAAUUAUGAGAUUGGUGAUUCAUGAGGGGCAUUCAUUAGACGUUUUGGAUUUCGAUACACGUUUUGUAGAUAAUUUUAGAUGCACUGCGAAGAAGCAUAAGUGCUAAGGUAUAUUUGUCUCAUGAUUGCUUCACGUUUUAAUGCAUUAAGACAUUGCGGCACCAAGGGUAUAAAUAAUUGUACAUUUGUGUUAUGAGCGCAAUUAUUUUUUGAACCA